AAUUUUUAAUUUUUUUUUGCAAAAGGCUGCAGUCGGCAUUCGUAAAAUAAUCUAUGGCAUUGUUUCGACGCCACAAAAUUCUCACGUGGUGUCAUUAUAUAGACUCUGGCGGUUUGGAAUUUUGAGGAUUGCUUGAAUGAAUUAUAUUAUGUCGGAAGUAACAGAAUCUAGUGUGGAUUCGGUGGAUCCGAAUGUGGAAAAGGCCGACAAGGUUAAAGAACAAGCAAAUGUAUUUUUUAAAGAAAAGAACUACGAACAAGCGAUUCUCCUUUACUCGGAAGCUAUCGAACUCAAUCCCUCUGUAGCUGCGUAUUUUGGGAACAGAAGUUUUGCGAAUUUAAAACUUGAAAAUUAUGGCUACGCACUCGAGGAUGCGAGUAAAGCUAUUGCUCUUGAUCGAAGAUAUCUUAAAGGAUAUUACAGGCGAGCAUCGGCUAACAUGGCAAUGGGAAAAUUCAAGGCAGCAAUGAAAGAUUAUGAAACGGUCGUAAAAUCAAAGCCUAAUGACGCAGAUGCAAAAGUUAAAUACACUGAAUGUAGUAAAAUUGUUAAAAGACAAGCGUUUGAGAAAGCGAUCGCUUGUGAUGAAGUCAAGAAGAUUGUUUCAGAAACAAUUCAUCUUGAAGCUAUGACAAUUGACGACAGUUACAAAGGUCCUCGAAUCGCUGACGAAGGCAUGACGAAGGAAUUCAUGUCGGAAUUGAUCCAAUAUUAUAAAUCAGGGAAAGACAUGAGAUUAAGUAAAAGGGAUGCGUACUACAUUGUUCUCGAAGUAAAGAAAGUUUUAGAAGAGUUGCCAUCAAUGGUGGACAUCACUAUAGAAGAGAGCAACCAACUAACAGUAUGUGGAGACAUCCAUGGUCAAUACUACGAUCUUUGUCAUAUAUUCGAACUCAAUGGUUUGCCGUCAGAAGAAAAUCCUUAUUUAUUCAAUGGAGAUUUUGUCGAUCGUGGCUCGUGGUCUGUCGAAGUCAUUCUUGUUUUAUUCGGUUUUAAAGUUCUUUAUCCUAAGCAUUUUCACCUUGUAAGAGGGAACCAUGAAACUGAUAACAUGAACCAAAUGUACGGGUUUGAAGGAGAAGUGAAAGCUAAAUACACUCCACAAAUGAUGGAACUCUUCAGUGAAGUUUUCAAUUUCUUACCUCUGGCGUAUUGUAUUAAUAAGAAAGUUUUGGUAAUGCAUGGUGGUUUAUGUCAAGAUACAGUUACACUUGAUGAUCUUCGGAAAAUUGAACGCAACAAACAACCUCCAGAGUCGGGUCCCAUGUGUGAUUUAUUAUGGUCAGAUCCACAGACUGCACUUGGUCAGGGAGCCAGUAAACGAGGAGUCAGUUUCCAGUUUGGUCCUGAUGUCACGGAGAAGUUCUUGAAAUCGAAUAAUUUGGAUUAUAUUAUCAGAAGCCAUGAAGUUAAGCAUGACGGUUAUGAAGUCUCCCACAACGGAAAAUGUAUAACGAUAUUUUCGGCACCGAAUUACUGUGAUCAGAUGGGUAACAAAGGUGCUUUCAUACACUUGAAGGCGCCAGAUCUCAAACCUGAGUUUACACAAUUUGAAGCCGUGCCUCACCCAGAAGCCAAACCAAUGCAGUAUGCAAAUUCACUCAUGAGAAUGGCCGGAUUGGUUUGAUCUGAGCGGCCAUUUUUAGUCCAAGUCAUACACCAGGAUCACCAUAGAAGCCAAUGAUGUCAUUUUCGUAGAGUACUUACGCAUGGUUACCAUUUUUUGAAGUACGACCGGCUGAUGUGGGGCAUAGUGCUUGAUGAUUGAUGAUAAAUAGGGUUCCAUGAUAUGGUACUGGGUUAAGUCAUAUAAUUUCAAACAAAUGAAGGGGGCUCCCGAAGUAUGCGAAUCAAGAUGGCGGACAUCGGAAUGUAAUAUGUGUACUAGGUUAGGGUUAGGCCAUAAUUUUAGGUAUAAAUACUACGGG